UAACGCCUCUCGUCCUCCCCGCCGCCAUCACCGCCCGCGCCAGCGCCGCUUCCGCCCCGCGAGGCCCCCCCGCGCGGGCUGCCCCGCGCGCAGCCUGACCCCGCGCCCUUCCCUGCGGCGCUUCCCGCUCCGCGGCAGCUCCCGCGGGAUUCUCCUCCUCACCCGAGGGGAGCGAGCGCCGCCGGGGACGCCACACGCCGAGCCAGCGCGGAGCGGCGCAGGCAGCGCGGCGGGCGGGCGGAAGAGCCAGCAGGAACCCCGGGGCGGCGCCGAGCGGCGGCGGAUGGAGCUGGUGGCGGGGUGCUACGAGCAGGUGCUGCUGGGGUUCGCCACGCGGCCCGGGCAGUCCUGGACAAUCGUCCCUGAUUUUACACAUCAUGCCCACUCUGCCUCAUUGUCAGCAGUAGCAGUGAAUAACAGAUAUGUGGUCACUGGGAGCAGAGAUGAGACAAUCCAAAUCUAUGACAUGAAAAAGAAGAUAGAGCAUGGGGCGCUGCUACAGCACAAUGGGACAAUAACUUGUUUGGAGUUCUAUGGUACUGCACAUCUAUUGAGUGGGGCUGAAGAUGGACUCAUUUGUAUCUGGAAUACAAAGAGAUGGGAAUGUCUGAAAUCCAUUAAGGCACAUAAGGGACAGGUGACAUCUCUUUCUAUUCAUCCUUCUGGGAAAUUAGCUUUGUCAGUUGGAACAGAUAAAACAUUAAGAACUUGGAAUCUUGUUGAAGGACGAUUAGCCUUCAUCAAAAACCUGAAGCAAAGUGAGUUUAGCAGUCUAAAUCCAAAUAAGGUGGAAUUAGAUAGUUUUAUUUUUUGUGUAAAGAAAAGUUGA